GUUGAAUGGGCAAGAUGUUUACAAAAAUAAAAGCAGUAUUUUCUGGAGCAAAAUUAUCACCUGAGGAAGCAGAUUGCAAGAAUGAAGGUGUCUCUGCACAAUCCAAGACAUCUACUGGACAGGGUGAAAAUAAAAAAACAGAUGAACCACAGAAAGCAGAGGUCAAUAAGAAACCAGAAUAUGUACCAAAGCAGCAAGUACCAGGAAAAACACCUGAAGCUUCAAAAACUGAAAAAUCAACCAGACCAGCUAAGACAACUCAACAGGAACAGUGCUGGAUCAAAGAUAGGAAAGAAGAUGCUAACACACAGAAGCCAACACCUUCAGGUUUCCUAACAAAUGAGUAUUCUGAUGCCCAGCUUCAACAGAUUGUCAGAAAAAUGCGGGAAAGGGCAACACUCUAUAAGGAAAAGCUGAAAGACCCAGUGCUCUCCUCCUCUGAAGGCAGUCCUACAUCUUCACCAACAAAGAAGAAGCCUCCACCUCCACCAAAAGAGGAAAAAAAAGAAGAAAAUAAAGAGGAAGCAAAGACAGAUGAGGAUGAUUACUGUGAUAUGCUGUGCUGUAAAUUCAAAAAACCUCCAUUGAAAAAAUACAUGAAACAUCUGCAACUACCAGACAGCAUAGAUUCAUACACAGAUCGCCGUUAUGUAGCAUGGCUCAUGCUUGUGACAGUUGCCUAUAAUUGGAAUUGCUGGUUGAUUCCCCUUCGGUUUGUGUUCCCAUAUCAAACCCCCAGUAAUACAAUAUAUUGGUUUAUCAUAGACAUCAUUUGUGAUAUCUGCUACCUCUGUGACUUACUGAUUUUCCAGCCGCGAAUGCAAUUUUUAAAAGGUGGAGAUAUAAUAUCAGACAGAGUGGAAAUGAAGAAAUUCUACUACAGCUCCAUGAAGUUUCGCUUCGAUGUGAUAUCAGUAUUGCCAUUUGAAGUUUUAUACUUGUUCUUUGGAUUCAACCCAGUAUUUAGAGCAAAUAGGAUGCUAAAGCAUAACACAUUCUUUGAGUUUAAUGAUCGUCUGGAAGCUAUUCUGGACAAAGCAUACAUUUACAGGGUCAUUCGAACAACUGGAUACUUGCUGUUUAUCUUGCACAUUAAUGCAUGCCUGUAUUAUUGGGCUUCAGACUAUGAAGGACUUGGCAGCACUAAAUGGGUGUAUGACGGCAAAGGAAACAUGUAUCUGAGGUGUUACUACUGGGCAGUUCGUAGUUUAAUCACAAUAGGUGGCCUUCCAGAACCACAAACUCUGUUUGAGAUAGUUUUUCAACUGUUGAAUUUUUUCUUGGGCGUCUUUGUCUUCUCCAGCUUAAUUGGUCAGAUGAGAGAUGUAAUUGGAGCAGCUACAGCAGGACAGAACUACUAUCGUUCCUGUAUGGACAACACUGUCUCCUAUAUGAACACUUACUCUAUUCCAAAAGUGGUCCAAAACCGUGUUCGAACCUGGUAUGAAUACACAUGGGACUCUCAGGGAAUGCUGGAUGAAUCUGAAUUACUGGAGCAGAUGCCAACCAAAAUGCAAUUGGCCAUUGCAAUUGAUGUGAACUUUUCCAUCAUCAAUAAAGUUGACUUAUUCAAAGGGUGCGAUACCCAGAUGAUACAUGACAUGCUGCUAAGGUUGAAAUCCAUUGUGUAUUUACCUGGUGACUUUGUCUGCAAAAAGGGAGAGAUUGGCAGAGAGAUGUACAUCAUCAAACAGGGUGAAGUUCAAGUCCUUGGAGGCCCUGAUGGUACAAAAGUCCUGGUUACACUAAGAGCAGGAGCUGUAUUUGGGGAGAUCAGCCUAUUAGCUGCAGGUGGAGGAAAUCGAAGGACUGCCAAUGUGGUGGCUCAUGGUUUUGCCAACCUUUUCAUUCUGGACAAGAAAACACUCAAUGAAAUCUUGGUGCACUACCCUGACUCAGAAAAACUUCUCAUGAAGAAAGCAAAGGUGCUGCUGAAGAAGAAGGGGGAACCCUCUCCACCAGUGCGACAGCCACGGGGCUUGGCCAGUCUCUUUGGGCAGAAACAGAAAACCCCAAAAUUGUUUAAAGCAAUGUUUGAAAGAAAAGGAAAAGAAGGUCUUGUGAGGCUGCUACAGCUAAAGAGGCAACAAGACAUUCAGGCAACUCAAGCUGAAGCAAAGAAGCCUGAACAAGAUGAGAAGAAACCUGCGGAGCCCGUGGCCUCAUCUGCACGCCCUGUACAAAAGGAAGAGCCAAAUGCAGAUGCUAAGCUUAAACCUGCAGCUAUGCACAGAGGAACCACGAACGAGUCUCUGAUCAUUAGUAUGUCUCCAUCCCCCAGAGCAGAAGAAGAGAUCCUUAAAGUUGAAGUUAAAGAGAAAAAAAAGAAAUAGAUGGUGCUUUGAGCUGUGGCCCCAUCCAUUGUCUUGCUGAAUUUGGAGGGCUAACAGAACUUUGCUUUUGGGUACAGAAGAUAAAAGUGGAAAUUACUCAAGAAGAAAAAUUCACCCCAGCUCCUCUUCUUCUCUGCCUCCUCUCCUGACACAACUGGACAAAUUAUUUGUAUACUUACCUCUUAACCUUGAGCCUGAAGAGAGAACUUCAGGUGUAAUAGGAAUUAGAGCUCAGACUGUAUUUCGGGACCACUUGUUCUUGUUUGAUCCAUGCUCUCCCUCAUCUUCGUCUUGCUUCUGCUCCCCUACUCCUAUUUAUCCUGAUUUUAUUACUGUUUGUGUUGCUUAGUUUGCUCUUAAUUUUUGUAUGUGUCCUUUUCCAUUUUUUUUUCUGGUUUCCCAUAGUUAUGCUUUUCCUUGUUACUGCCCUACUGUUGCUGAGGUUACUUACGUUUCUCUUGAUCCUUCUCCCUCAUAGCUUUAUACUUCUAAUCAGUGACCUGCUUUUGUGACCAGCAUGGCUCAGUGCAGAAAGCUGUGACGCUGUGUGUUGGAAUGUUUUAGCUUAGGACACAGGGCUAAAGACAAAGCUAUUUGCAAAAAAUAAAAUCACAAGAUCCACAAGGCGGGAAGCAGAAUGCAGAAUUACUGCCAGCCCUCUAAAAGCACAAGCAUCUGCUCCAGUUUUCUCUGACUCUGAUGAAUAAAUACGGUAAAGACUUACAUGUUUCCCCUCUACAGCCCAAGGGUAACUUUAACUUUGGGCUGCCAAUUCACGCGUUUGAUCUUCCCAAGGGGUUAGGUAUUAAUAACGCUCACUGAAGAGUAAGAAAUUGCCACUGGCUAACUUCUUAAAAAAUCUUGGCAUCUAACUGGCCACUUGAAAAAUAAAGGCUAUUUCAUAAAAAGCAGGAAUUACACUUUCUGGCUCUGUGGUGCACAGUUUCAGCCAAUGCUCCAGUUGUUCAUCCUCCAUCACAGACCUCGACUGAUGGGGCAAAGUGAGCCCCAUCCUUCCCAGGGCUGAGCCACAUCAUACCUGUGAACUAACGUAAAUCCUUUAAGAGUGCCACAGCUGAGGAUACAGCUUCCUGACAGGGAAUUCCCACACUGUCAACCCUCUGCAUCAAAUCAUCAUAGAUAGGGAUGCAAUAUUAAACAAAAGGCUGAAGCUGUGCUUUAAUUCUCAAUUACUUUUUUCUCUUCCACGGGUUUGCAUCUCCUCUCUCUCCAUAUCCCCUUCCAGUCCCCACUGAAACCAGAUGAACAGUUUUGGGAACUAAAACCAUCAUGCAGAGGCUAAGUUAAAAAAAUUCUAAGGGCAGGCUUCACAACUCCUCUGCUGACCAGGCAACCAAGGAAGGCACUCUGCCAAAAUUAAACAUUUGCUUUGCAGGCUAUAUAUGAUCCUGAGGGCUAUGCAUUCUGUAUGCCUGUUCUUUGAAGCCUCUGAACUUCUCUAAUCACAGGCAAAGCUGGCAGCCCAACCAGAAUCAGUGGGAGCUUUGCCGGAGUAAAAACUGGAUGACUAAAUUCUGUAUGUUGUAUAUUCCACACAUCCUCUGACAUGACCAAACCUCAAAUCUCUUUCAAAAAGUUCUGCCAGAGUAGCAGUAAGGUCAAGGUUCAACUGCUAUGGGUGAAGAACUAUCUUUAUUUAUAUGUUACUUGUUAUCUGAUAUGGAAAAGGAGGUCACAACUGAGGUAGAAAAUUAUAAGAUGCAUCAUAAUGAAUUAUUCAUCUAUUGCACAUCCAGGAACAUCUCAAUACAAUCUCAAAAUUAGAAAUACUGCAGAACUGCUUCACUAAUGAAGCUUUCUGUGAAUAAUGAACUAUGAAUUCAUUACAAUAUAUGGUUUUCACUUUUUUUUUUUUGAGGGUUGUCAAAACAUUAUGGAAGGGGGGGGGGGGGGGGAAAAGGCAUAACCCCCUAUAUUUUAACAGAUAUUAACUAGUAAAGCUCGCUCUCAUUGCAAAAGAUCCAGUUCCCUUCUGCCUGCACAAAUGCUACCAGGCAACUUCAAAUAUUUUUACUGCUGGCAUAUUUAAGUUCAUCAGUCAGACACCGACAUAUAUUACAAAGCAAGGGAUGAGACUGCAGCAGCAAGCGUUACACCGCAGCAACAGAGCAUCCCACGAGCUGCUGCUUUGCUACAGCUCAGGAUUGCAGGAAAGCCUGUCUAUUUUAUCUGCAAAAUCACCAAGUUACGCACAGCUCUUGAGUUCCUCAGAUGCAAAAUGAGGAGGAAAAGUGCAGGAGAUCAUGGCCACACAGAAGCAACAUCCGUCUGGUUUCCUCUGACAUUCUACUUUUCUGUUGUUGGAGUAUUUUCCCCUUCCCAGAAUGCCUCCAUUUUUAGGGGUGGGCAAAGGCAGGAAGGUUCCAGGAAUCCAAGCAGCAACUAUUUACAGGAUUUUCACCAGAAGGAAUGACACAAGAAAGGACAAGUUGUAUUAAAUCCUUUCAGGAACUAAUUUACUAAUCUACCCCGUAGAUUCUUGACUGGUGGAGAAGUGAAUUCUCUAAAGCACAUAGAAGACACCUUUCAGUACCACAGCUCACUCAGGUUCUGUAUGGCAUUGCACUCCGCUGCAAUGCCCUGUCUCUAGUAUCUCUGUUUCCCAGUAAAGCAUCUCAGACUUGAAUACACAUGAAUGUGGAGAAACUGAAGGGUGGAGCAGGACAAUGUAUUUGAAAACUAAAUGUAAGCAAAUCUCCAUGCGUCUCCACUCGAAAUGCAGACACUGUUCUGAAAAAUUUUGGAAAACCUGAUAAUAAUUUUAUGAAAUAACAUUCAUGGGAGAACUCUAACAUGGCAAAGAACACGAGUCACUGCUAAAAAUGUCCAAUUUCAGAAUUUCAUCUUGCUAAAAACCAGUAUGAGAUGCUUUAUGAAAGAUACACACUGCACAUUCAUAACCACUGAAUGAAAAAUACUUGUUAUAAAUCUGAGCUGUUCAGCCUGUGGAAUAAUCAUAGGAACUGCAAAAGCAGCAUUUAUCAUUACAUAGAAAAUGCUGAAUACAAAAGCACAACGGAAGAACAGUAUACUGAAAUGACUUUUUUAAUGAAUAGGCAUUGUAAAUCAGUUAACUUCAUAAGAACUGAAAUAUAUAGGAAAGUAAAAAAUUCUGGUUACAGGUUAUUUCUCUGCUGUACAUAUGUAUAUAUUACGACUAUUAAACGGCAAAAAGCAUCAGAUUACAGAGACUGCUAUACAUCAUUUUUAUCACAAGGUGGUGCGAGUGACCCACAAGCACAUUCACUUUACAAAACUUUGACAAUAUUUUGCUUUGUCACCCUGAAGCUAAUAAGGCAUUUUUUACAUAUAAAAAUAAACAAAAAAUUGGCAAAACAGCACAGUGACUCCCCUCCCCCUUGACUCACAAUCUGCUGCAUUCCUUGACUCAAAAUAUUGCUUAAGCCUAACUUGGAAGUUUCCAAAUUUUUCAACAGGCAUUAGCUGUACACCUCUAAGAGAAGUUAUACCUGGAAAAUGGUUCCUGCCCCUGUCACAUCUGAAACACUUUCCUUUUACACAGAGUAAGGCACAUUGAGAAAUAGGUGUAGUAGAUCUGCUAUGUAAUUCCCUAAGCUGGAGGAACGUGGGGGCACUUUUCCAGUAAGAGAUAAUGAAUUCUCUACUGUAGAAAGUCAGAAUUUAUGUAUAGAAUACAGGCAAAACAAAAGGCUUUCUUUUAUAUGCAGCAUAUAUUUAGCAUAAUAUUUAUUAACAUAUUUAAAUGCAUUUAAAUGCACUUCCACUGCAACUUAAAACAGAACUGGUAACAGAACUCAGACGCAGCAUUAUAUUUUUGACACAGCUCAGAGGAACUUCAGUAGUAUACACUACUCCUAUCAGUAGUACUCAUCCACUUCAGUGAAUCUAGACAAAGCAUUAAUACUGCAUCCAGUUACGUACAAGGAGCAUGUAGCUGUGUAACAGUUUACUGUUCCAAAAUCAUAUAAAUAUCAAUUUACAGCACUGUGACUUAGGUUCAAUCUAACUACUUCCUUAAUUUUAAUAUUUUGUGUUGCAUAUCUGGCAUGACACUUCAUUAUAAUUUGUGUAUAAAGUAGUAACACAUUUGCAUUACACUGAUAAAAAGAUGUCUGUAGAUUCUUAUAUAAACACAUGAAUUAGAUUUAAAAAAAAAAAAAAAAGAAAGAGCUUGGCUUAAUAUGAAACGAAAUCUCUUCCUUAGUAUGCCACUACUGAAACUAUUUAGGACCUGCUUCCACCAAGGAAAAUGGGAUGAAGAAUAACAUAUUCAUUCAUGACUGAUAAUUUGUCAACUGCCCACAAAACAUUUGGUGUUUUACAGGAUGCGUAAAACAAUCUCAAUACAUGUAUCUUUCAUUCAUCAAUGUUAUUGUGAAUUCAGACUUUUGACAGCAUUAUAGUGGACAGGAAAAAAAAAAAACAAACCAAACCAAAAAAAAAAAAAAACCAACCACCACACCACACAGCAGCUCCAGCAACUAAAAAAGAAGUCACAAAGUCACAUACACUACAACCUGGUGCAAUCUUGCAUGCCCAAUUAUGAUAAAUUUAGUGUUAGUCCAUUCUGUUCUUACAUGUUAUAGCUAGACCAUCCAAAAAUCAGAUCAACUGGUUCUCUAACUCUAAACCACUUCAAAAGUGGAACUGCAAAAUUAAUAUUCAAGAUUGAGGUGGGAAGUGUGACCUCUACACGCACUGACAGGAUCAGAAGAGAUCCUCAGCAAGCAGUAUGCAACUGGAAGACAAGAAAGCUUCAUCUAUCCAAUAAGCAAAGACAACAUGAUUUACACUUGAUGUAAAUGGUGAAGAGAAAACUCAAACCAAGAAAAUAAAACAGAAA